AUGUAAACUAAUACUAUCAUCCGUCGCUGGUCGCAUCGCACAAUCGAUUUAUUUUAUUCACAAAUCACAUUUCACAUUUUCAUUUGGAUUUUCGACUUUCGUGUGUUGUGAAUUAUGAAGUAAUACAGAAAAUUUAGUGCCGAACUAAGUAAAUUCAGGUGAAAGUCGUAUUUUGUGUGUGUUUUACAAUGAACCACAUGGUUAUGGUGUAAAUAAAGGAUUGUUACUUGAAUUUAAAUAACAUGAUCUGUUGACAAUAAUUAUUGAGUGUGCAUAUAUUUUGUACAAAAUUUUUAGAAGCCAUUUACACAUGGCGAAAAGUCACGUAGACUGUGUUUUGUUUCGUGUAAUGUUUGGAAGUGGAAUUAUUUGAUAAUAGGUACAUGGAUAAUUUCGUUUUAUGAGGAACUUGUAGUGUUAAAUAAAAUGGAUAGCAAAAACAUUCAAAAAAAUGCCAUGCAUAAAAGUGCAGAGUUCACUUUCACUCCACCGCCUGAAGCUCCUGUUUUUGAACCUACGUUAGAAGAAUUCACAGACCCUCUUGGAUAUAUAGCAAAAAUACGACCAGUAGCUGAAAAAACAGGAAUAUGUAAAAUAAAACCGCCAGCAAUAUGGCAGCCACCUUUUUCUUUGGAUGUGGAUAAAUUAAAAUUUAUUCCACGAAUACAAAAAGUCAAUGAAUUGGAAGCGAUAACUCGACUAAAACUGUUAUUUCUAGAAAAAAUUCUUAAAUUUUGGGAACUUCAAGGAUCGCCAUUAAAAAUACCAAUGAUCGAAAAUAAAACAUUAGAUUUAUAUUGUUUAAAAUUUUGGGUUGAUGAAGAGGGUGGUUUCGAGAGUUGUAAUACUCCAAAAAAAUGGCGAAAGAUUGCAAACGCCAUGGGUUAUAGUCAGAAUGCCAACACAAUGAAUUUUCUUAGAAGUAACUAUGAAAAGAUUUUAUUACCAUAUGAAAUUUUUGAAAAAAGCAAAGCUGAUAUUUUAAAGACUGUGAAAAAAUCGGAACCCAAAACAGAAAUCAAAGAUGAAAAUGAUUCAGUUCAGCAAAGUAUAAAAGAAAUAUCAAUUGAAUCCAUUACAAAAAAAGAGUGUUUGGUUGAUGAAAAACCUCAUUCUAGUAUUAAGAAGGCAAAGACAGGUUCUGAUAUAAAAGUUGAAACAGAUGUUAGUAAAGAUAAUGAAGCUAUAAAACGUAGCAGAGAAUUAAGACGAUUAGCAUGCUAUGGACCUGGCCCUAAAAUGCCUGGGUUGAAUGAUGAAGAAUUCGAUAUCACAAAAUCCAGAAAGAGACCUAGAUAUGAUUUGGAUCCACUUGCUGUAUAUAUAUGUGCGAUUUGCCAGAAGGAUCACAGAGAUGACUUGUUAUUAAUAUGUAAUGGGUGCUCUGAUACAUAUCACACAUUUUGUUUAAAACCACCGCUGACAGUGGUUCCUGAUGGAGAUUGGCGUUGUCCAUGUUGCAUUGCAGAAGAAGUACACAAACCUGCUGAAGCUUUCGGUUUUGUACAAGCUGAAACUGAAUAUACACUCCAACAGUUCGGGGAAAUGGCUGAUAAAUUUAAAUCUGAUUAUUUUGGAAUGUCUGGGCACCUGGUACCUACAAAUGUAGCAGAAAAAGAAUUCUGGAGGAUAAUAUCAUCAGUGGAAGAAGAUGUCACAGUAGAAUAUGGAGCUGAUUUACAUUCCAUGGAUCAUGGUUCUGGUUUCCCAACAAAAUCUUCAAUCAAUUUAUACCCUGGUGAUCAAGAAUAUGUUGAUUCUGGGUGGAAUUUAAAUAAUCUUCCAGUACUGGAUGGCUCUGUAUUGAGAUUUAUCAAUGCAGAUAUAUCUGGAAUGACUGUACCCUGGAUGUAUGUUGGUAUGUGCUUUUCUGCAUUUUGCUGGCAUAAUGAGGAUCACUGGAGUUAUUCCAUCAAUUAUUUACAUUGGGGUGAAGCUAAAACAUGGUAUGGAGUACCAGGGAGUGGGGCAGAAUUACUAGAGAAUGCUAUGAAAGCUGCAGCACCUGAUUUGUUCAAAUCUCAGCCAGACUUGCUCCAUCAAUUAGUAACAAUAAUGAAUCCAAAUAUCUUAAUGGCAGCAGGAGUACCUAUUUAUAGAACUGAUCAAAAUGCUGGAGAAUUUGUAGUCACAUUUCCUAGAGCAUAUCAUGCAGGGUUUAACCAAGGUUAUAACUUUGCUGAAGCAGUUAAUUUUGCUCCCCCAGAUUGGCUUAAAAUUGGUAGAGAGUGUAUAAGUCAUUACAAAAAUCUUAAACGGUUUUGUGUGUUUUCGCACGAUGAAUUGAUAUGUAAAAUGGCUUUAGAAGGGGACCGUUUAGACUUAGAGACUGCAUUAGAAACACAAAAGGAGUUGGUCCAUGCAACAGAAGAAGAAGGUCGUUUAAGGGCACUUAUUGCUAAAAAUGGGUUAAAAAAUGUUCAGAGAACGGCUUUUGAACUGCUUGGUGAUGAUGAAAGACUUUGCGAAGUAUGUAAAACCACAUGUUUUUUGUCAUCUGUUUCAUGUUCAGAUUGCAAACAUAUGGCAUGUUUACAACAUGCUGAUCAAUUUUGUAAAUGUCCCGUGGUGAAAAAGACUCUAUUUUACCGAUAUGACAUGGAUGAGCUGCACAUUAUGUUGCAGACUAUUGAUUUUAGGGUUAAUAGUUUUGAUAAGUGGAUGACUGAAACAAAGAACAUUCUCUUGCCAACAGCACCAGAUAUUGGGAGGCUGCAAAAACUGAAAACGUUAGUAGAUGAAGCAGAGGAAUUAAAAAUACCAAAGUGUACAUUGUUGUCUCAAUUAAAGGAUGAAUAUACAAAAGCAUCAAAAAAUAUUGAGCCCAUUGUAAUUGAAUUAGAUGAUGAUUGAGUAGGUUUUAUAUUAAGUAGUCACCUAGUACAAAAGUUAGAAAGUUUACCUUGGGUAAAAUGGUAUUAGAUUUCAUUGUGAUUGUGUUUUGUGAGCACUUAGGAUGUAUUUAGGGUGUAAGCUUUCAUCACAAGAGGCAGCUUCAAAUUUGUUCUAAUUUCAUAAUAAUCUAAUAGAAAUGUUCAUUUACGAAAAAUAUUAUUGAAUAGCUAUUUGAUCCAUCAUUUAAUAUUUUAAUGAAAAACUGUUAUUUGAUUAAUCUUUAUCAAAACAAAGUUCAUUAAAUGAAACAUAUUUAUAAGAUGUAAUUUUAAUUAGCUUAUAUCCCACCGUUGGUUAAAGAAUUAUUUACUAAUUUGUCCUAUAAUAAUUAAUGUUUAUUGCCCUUGUAAAAUGUUUUUUGAUCUCAUAAAGUAUUACAAAAUUUCAUCACAUUUUAUAUUAUUCCCAUAAUUUUUUUAUAAUUGAAAUACUCUGUUAUAGAAUUAAGAAUAUGAUUUAACACAUAAAAAUAUCUAACUAUAUGCUUUUCAUUCCUAUCCAUCUGUUAUAAAUUAUUAUUAGCUAUAAUGUCUCAUAAAUAAAAGGCUAUGUUGUAUUGUUGUAUAUUGUGUAUAUGCAUGAAACUUUGAAUACAAUUUCCAAGCAAAUAUAUAGUUAUAUUUAUUAUGAUGACUUAAUGCACACAAUAGUGAUGAGAUGUAAUAAUGGCAUGGCAUAUGGUAGGUUUUUAUGCCAUUGAUUGAUUGACUGAUUUGUUGUAAAUAUCAUUAUUAAGGAUAAUUUUAAUUUUGACAGGUUUUUAUAGUUAUACUUACCAGUGAACUUAAAAUCAAUUUUGACUGUGUGUUCAUUAUCAAUUUAAAAGUAACUCUACCACUUAAAUGUCAUUUUGCGUCUAUCUAGUUUUUAAAUUAUUCUUUAAGGUUGGUGUAAUACUAGAUUCUUAACUAGAUUAUAAAUUGAGAGGAUUUUUCGUACAACUACAUAAAAAAUGUUAAUAAGCUUAAUUAUAGCUUUUCUUUAUUAUUUUCACAGCUUAUCAAAGAAGCAAUAUUAAAUAACUUGACGAUGACUAUGUAUAUUGCACAAUAAUAAAAAUAUAGUGCAUAGGGCAAAAGAUCCUUAAAUUUUUUUAUUGAUAUUUUGCUAUUAUUGCUAUUUAUUGUUUAUUUUUCAUUUAAAACAGGAGCAGAGUAGUGUAAAAAUGUAAAUGUCUAAUUACAGUAUUAUUAUGUUAAAACCCCAAUGCACUAUACUUUUUUGUUAUAAAUACUCUGUUAAAUACGUCUUUCUCUCAAAAAUUUAAUUUUAUGAAAAAUAUAAUUAUUGAAUGUUUUGUAUUUUACAAAAUUAUCGUUGUGAAUAAAUACUUUACAGUAAAUGUGGAAUUCCAAAAAUAUUAAUAAAUAAUUAUAGUUCACA